ACCAGCCCCACCUACAGGAAUUGUGGGAAGACAUGGCAGCUUCCGCUGUUUGUGUUCAGGGAAUUUCCGCACCGAACAGUCACUAAAUGAAUAGUGUUUAGUUAACAUCAUAAUUCAAUAAGUGUUACGGUUCGGUUUGUUUCGGGAUGGAGGAGAGCGGCAGUGUGGACAGUGUCGAGUCGCUGUGCAGCUCCACUACAACCCGCUCUGACCGCUCAAGUGGCACCAAAGUUUCAGACACAGAGCUGCGGAGUAAAGGAAGGACAUUUGAUAAGGUCUAUAAGGACCCCGGUAAAGACGAACUUCCUCUUCUGGAAGAGGAACUGGUUCAGGAUGCUGCUAAAGACGUGACUUACAUUUGUCCAUUCAUUGGGCCUGCUAGAGGAUCUCUGACUGUCACUAACUACAGACUUUUCUUCAGGUGCACUGACAGGGAGCCGGUGUUUGGGCUAGAUCUGCCACUGGGAGUUUUGAGCCGAGUAGAGAAGAUCGGAGCAGCAACUAGCAGAGGAGACGCCUCAUACGUCCUCGUCUGCAAGGAUUUGAGGAACCUGCGUUUUGUACACAAGGAACCUGAGGACUCACUAAAGAAAUCAGUGUUUGAGGUUCUGAUGAAGUUUGCUUUUCCAGUGUCAAACAACAUGUCCCUCUUUGCAUUCGAGUAUAAGCAGGUGUUUCCUGAGAAUGGAUGGAGGGUGUAUGAUCCACUGGCUGAAUACAAGAGACAGGGUCUUCCGAAUGAGAGCUGGAGGAUAUCCAAAGUAAAUGAUCACUAUGAGCUGUGUGAUUCAUACCCAGCGGCACUAGUUGUGCCGGUGACAAUCACUGACGAAGAACUGCGGCGCGUCUCCAGCUUCAGGGCCAAAGGACGCAUUCCGGUAUUGUCGUGGAUUCACCCGGAGAGUCAGGCUGCAGUGGUUCGGUCCAGCCAGCCGAUGGUAGGUCAGAAUGGUCGACGCAGCAAAGAAGAUGAGAAACUCCUUCAGGCCAUCAUGGAUGCAAACGCACAAUCACACAAACUGUUCAUAUUUGAUUCCAGACCCAGUGUGAAUGCUGCCGCUAACAAGAUGAAAGGAGGUGGGUAUGAGAGUGAAGAUGCUUAUCAGAAUGCAGAGCUGGUGUUUCUGGAUAUCCACAACAUUCAUGUAAUGCGCGAGUCACUACGGAAACUGAAGGAUGUCGUCUAUCCCAACAUUGAAGAAUCUCAUUGGCUGUCCAACCUCGAGUCCACACACUGGCUGGAGCAUAUUAAGUUAAUUCUGGCAGGAGCUUUAAGGAUAGCUGACAAGGUGGAGUCAGGGAAAACCUCCGUGGUGGUUCAUUGCAGUGACGGCUGGGACAGAACUGCUCAGCUGACCUCACUGGCCCUGAUAAUGCUGGACUCUCACUACAGAACCAUACGAGGCUUUCAGAUACUGGUGGAGAAAGAGUGGCUCAGCUUUGGACAUCGCUUCCAACAGCGAGUAGGUCAUGGUGAUAAGAAUCACACAGAUGCAGAUCGCUCUCCGAUCUUCCUGCAGUUCAUUGACUGUGUCUGGCAGAUGACAAGACAGUUUCCUGCAGCUUUCGAGUUCAAUGAGAAUUUCCUCAUAACAAUACUGGAUCACCUCUAUAGCUGCCUUUUUGGCACAUUUCUGUGUAACAGUGAGCAGCAAAGACUCAAAGAGGAAGUCCCGAAGCGCACAGUGUCUGUAUGGUCAUUUGUGAACAGUCAGCUUGAGGAGUUUGUGAAUCCGCUGUACGUACACUACCCCUCCCACGUUCUCUUCCCCACCGUCGGUAUACGACACCUCCAGCUCUGGGUCUCCUACUACAUACGCUGGAAUCCUCGCAUGCGACCACAGGAGCCCGUCCAUCAGCGCUACAAAGAGCUGCUAGCAAAACGGGCAGAGCUUCAGAAGAGGGUGGAAGAGCUACAGCGCGAGGCGGCCAAUCGUACGGCCUCGUCAUCCUCCGAGAGGGCGGGGUCUCCUACGCGCUCCAUCACACCUGUUCAAACCUUUGUAUAGUUGCUCGACAGCUUUGAGGAAUGUAGAUCGCCACACACCACGUGAGCGUCACACGGUUCUCAUGUUACUUGCAGUGAUGCACAACUGAUGUAAAUUCACACACUAACAUUCACCUCGCUGCUACAAGCUGGCUGGCUGGAUGGAAGAAGCUUUUAAUCACUAAAACCGUUGGAUACUAGUAUUAUAUUAAUACAUUUAUUAAGACUAGUGAAGCAUUAAUACAUGUUAGAAACAUAUUAGGGCUUGUACUGAAUGAACUGUAUGUAAUAGAACAUGACGAAAGCGUUGUGAUUCUGCCUACAUCAUCUUGAUGCAGAGGGAAAUUUAGGCGAGUCUUUCUAGCCUCGGGGUUUUAUGUACAGGGUUCUGUCUUUACUUGAAAUUCCUAACUUUCUUGGGCUUGAUAAAGAUGACACUAUCUAAUCAUGUUAUGCAUGAUAUAGAAUAUGCUCUAUAAUCUAACAUUUGCUUAUACAUUAACAUUAUUGACCAAUAAAGUGUAUUGACACUAA